AUGGACGUUGCCAUUGACGCCGGAAGGGAGGGGUUGUGGGUGAGGGCGCACGAGGUGAGGGCGCACGAGGUGAGGGCGCACGAGGUGAGGGCGCACGAGGUGAGGGCGCACGAGGUGAGGGCGCACGAGGUGAGGGCGCACGAGGUGAGGGAGCACGAGGUGAGGGCGCACGAGGUGAGGGCGCACGAGGUGAGGGCGCACGAGGUGAGGGCGCACGAGGUGAGGGCGCACGAGGUGAGGGCGCACGAGGUGAGGGCGCACGAGGUGAGGGCGCACGAGGUGAGGGCGCACGAGGUGAGGGCGCACGAGGUGAGGGCGCACGAGGUGAGGGCGCACGAGGUGAGGGCACACGAGGUGAGGGCGCACGAGGUGAGGGCGCACGAGGUGAGGGCGCACGAGGUGAGGGCGCACAAGUCUAGUAGCCAUGCCAGCCAUAGCAGCACCGGGCCAUGGCAGCUCAAGCAGCAGCAACCUCCACUGCUGUGA